AUGAACGCCACCCUCCUCCCCUCCUUAACCGACGAGAUCUUCAGAAACGAGCCUGGCCCAGAAGUAGAUGCGGCAUGGCGCCGCAUCUCUGACGAGCGCCCCAUCGCCAUCUCCCGCGAAGAAGUCAUAGCCCUAGGCAAAGACCCCAACAAAUCCGUUCGAUACCCCGAAAGCUACGGUCUCGGCGAAGCCUACGCCGCCCGCAUCGACGUAUUUCAUCAACUGCACUGCCUGGACGCUCUGCGCCGCGAGGCCUAUUUCGAUCACUACUACGGCAACAAGUACGCCGACUUCAACUCGACGACUAAACUGCACAAGACGCAUCUGUCGCAUUGCGUUUACUAUUUGUUGCAGAACAUCAUGUGUCAGGCGAACGUUGAUGUGUAUACGCACGUGUGGACGGAUACUGUGCUUAAUCCUUUUCCGGACUUUCAGAUCAAUCAUCAGUGUAAGAACUUUGAUGCGAUAUUGGACUGGCAGCAGCGGAAUAGCGCUGGGCUGGAUGAGUUUUACAAGUUGAGGAGGCCGGAGAGCUUUGGCCCGGCGUUGAAAAUGUCGGAGGAGUUUAAGGAUGUGUGGAGGGAAGCGGAGUUUUUUGAUCAUAAUGCUGACCACAGCAAGGGCGAGGGACAUCACAUUGGAUAG